CACAGCCUGCAGAGAGGACCCAGUCCUCUGAAAGAGGCCUGUCAGAGACAACGAGGACACGCUGGAUUCUGGACACGCGGCCGCUGGACAGCGAUGGAGACACUACUGGCGAUUACUUUUGGUACAGUUUGACGCUGCUGUGAUCCCCGCUGAAAACAUCCUGUUCAGUUUUUUCGUCCUUUUUGAGCGACAGAGCGACGGGGAUGGAGCAAGCACCCAGCGCGCCGAGCCCACCUCCGAAACCGGCCCAUCACGAGCCCAUCAGCUUCGGCAUCGACCAGAUCCUGGGAGCCGGUACGGAGCCGGAAAAUGGGCGCGCGUCUGGAAGGCAAAGUGGAUCCGAUUUAAGCAACGGGGACGGGUAUUACAGUUUAGGAAGCCCGACCGGGGCCAGCGCGCCCUCAUACACCGCGCUGUCUAUCUCCCUCUCCGGUAUCAUGCCUCCGGUGGAGGCUUCAGGUUCAUAUGGGGAGAGCAGGAGUCUGGGAAGCCGGGGAGUGAUCCGAGUCCCGGCACACAGACCCAUGACAGCCCCGGGACCCCCGGCGCCCGUACAGAGCGCUGUGCCCGGGUUCGGAGGGCUGUGCUUCCCCUGGAUAGGAAACAGGUUCGCCAAGGACAGAAUAUCAGCCGCUCUGGUGCCGUUCGCCGUGACGAGGCGGAUAGGACACCCGUACCAGAACCGGACACCGCCCAAACGGAAAAAGCCCCGCACGUCCUUCUCCCGGGUUCAGAUCUGCGAGCUGGAGAAGCGUUUCCACCGGCAGAAGUACCUGGCCAGCGCCGAGCGGGCCGCCCUGGCCAAGAGUCUGAAGAUGACAGACGCGCAGGUCAAAACCUGGUUCCAAAACCGCAGGACCAAGUGGAGGAGACAGACAGCCGAAGAGAGGGAGGCGGAGCGUCAGCAGGCCAAUCGGCUCAUCCUGCAGCUGCAGCAGUCCGCCCUCCAGAAGUCCCUCAGCGAAUCAGCGGUGUCGGAUCCACUGUGCGCGCAUAACUCCUCCCUAUAUGCCCUGCAGAACCUCCAACCCUGGGCCGAGGAGAGGGAAUAGAGACCAGACACCAAGCUGUAAUCAAUAAGCAUCUGCUAUUAUCCCUGGGAGGAUAAAUAAAUUAAAUUAGGCCUACAUGAGGACAGUGGGACUUACUUUGAUCCAUGCAAUGGAUAAAAAAAAAUGUUGGACCAGAUAAACUGAAGGAUGGGUCACAGGCCUUUGAGUGGACGGUUGUGAAUUUGGACCUGACAUGAUGGUGAGUGAUUUUGAAAGAGAAACUUUCUUGGAAUAAAUCUAAAGCAACUCUGUACGUGGGAAGCAGUGAGACUUUUUUCAAAUCCAAAAAGGAAAACAGAACUUGUCAUUAAAAAUUCUCAUCACCCUGCGAUUGUGCUCUUAUGCUUGUACUUAUUCUGUAUUAGAAUAAGAGAGAGAAAGAAAUUUACUCUAUAGACCCUGAAGGAGGCAGUUCAGAUUGUUUUCUGAAGGUCUCAAAAACCAUCUCCUUAUUCUGAAACAGACUGAAACACUUUGAAAGGGAGUUGGCUCUGUUUUUAGAGGAAAAACACCAGUCACAUGAAAACACCCAUAACAUAAUAGAGUAAAAAAAUAAAAAAAUAUGUCUCUUCCCCCGUUUUAUUAAAAUACACGAAAAAGACCUCUUCACAAAAAUGCAGAUUAAAGCUGGUAACUGUUCUGUUUUGGUGCUUAAACUUUCUUCCAAGCUCAUUUAUAAAUGUACCCAAACCACCACAAUCACCUGUACAUAAACAGGUGUGGUUACCCCAAGAAAAUGAUGCCUAAAUGUUGCAUUAUAGGUGAGGAAAUGCUUUUGUGCGCAGUAAUAAAAGGAAAAUAGAUGUCAGGAUUAGAGGGGAGAGAAGUGAAGAAAAUAUGAAAGAGGCUGUAAGUUGAGUAAUAAAAGGGAGUGAUGCAUGUUCAGUGAUGGUGGUGACGUUUUUUCAUAUGCACAUUAUCAUGCUUUAUUUGUGUGCACUCUGGGAUCGAGGCACAAAUGUACAACUCUUUUUGUACUUCCAUUGUAUAUGUGUAAAUAACAAUAUAAACUGUUCUUGUGACCCCUUUCUGCUCAUGCUCUUUAUGAUGCACCAUAAAAAUGAUUUUAAGGUUUUAUAACGCAAUAAUUAUAAGCUAUGAAAACAUUUAAAAAAAUUGUGGAGGGAGACGAUAAAAAUACCAGACAUUAAUUUAUUUUGUUUCUUGAAAAGUUUAUUGAUAAAUAUAAUGAUUUUAUACAAUAUUUCAAUACACACAUUAUUUCAUUCGGACAGUUUGAAGCUGCCUAUCUGUUUGUCUUCCUGUCUGUCAGUCUAUCUGAAAGUAUGUCUGGGUACAUUUGAGAUGAGCCGCAACACACCUCAGCGAGGAUUUGUAUUUUUUUACACUAUUG